AGUCACGAGUCUCCUCGUGUUUCAACGGGGAUGCUAAGUAUAAAUAGCGGGACAAUUCCCCCCCUGAAAAUCUGCACAUUGCGCCCGUACUCUUUCCCUCCUUCUCCUUCCCCCUUUUUUUCUCUGAGCUCGUCAGAGCAACGGAGGAGCCAGAGGAGAAAACUACGUCAGUCUUCAAGUUUCUCCGUCUAAAAACCGAAAGGAAACCCUAGAAAUCCAACUUCUCUAUUUGGUAAACAUGGCGAAGGAAUCAACUGGAUCACCUCAUUUGCCCCCACCCCCUCCAUUAGCAUCAAGUGCUAACCCUGAGCUGGCAAUCCAGCAUGUAGAUCAAGCUGACAUUCCAAAAUACUCUAUUGUGAGUAGGAAGGGAGUUGGAAAGCUUGGGCGUCAGAUACCUUUGAUGACAAAUCACUUCAGAGUUUCUGUUGGUGUUCCAGAUGCAGUCUUCUACCAGUACACUGUUUCAAUUAGUUAUGAAGAUAAGAGACCUGUUGAAGGAAAGGGAAUUGGUAGAAAGUUGAUUGACAAGCUUUACCAAACAUAUUCUUCUGAAUUUACUGGUAAAAAGUUUGCCUAUGACGGUGACAAGACUCUAUAUACUGUUGGACCUCUACUGUUCAAGAAGCAAGAGUUCACUGUGGUUCUUGAGGAUUCUAUUGCUAAUUAUGAGAUGUUAUCUUUAUACUGCAGCGAGCAUGGAAGCCCAUCCUCAAAAAACAAGAGGACAAAGUGUUCUAUUGGCUCAAAAAGCUUUAACAUAGAAAUCAGUUAUGCUGCGAAAAUCCCAUUAAAGCCCAUUGCUCUUGCCCUCAAGGGUAAUGAGGCAGAUAUUGGUGGCAUUCAAGAUGCUGUGAGAGUACUGGAUAUCAUAUUGAGGCAGCAAGCAGCCAACAGGGGCUGCCUUUUGGUAAGGCAGUCGUUCUUUCAUGACGAUGCAAGAAACUACACUGAUGUUGGGCAGGGCGUAAGUGGCCUUAGAGGUUUCCACUCUAGCUUCCGUACCACUCAGGGUGGUUUUUCACUCAAUAUGGAUGUUUCCACAACAAUGGUCCUAACUCCCGGGCCAGUGAAAGAUUUCCUGUUAGUGAAUCAGAAUGUGAGAGAACUUCGAGAGAUUGACUGGGACAAGGCUAGGAGGAUGUUGAAGAAUUUGAGGAUUAAAGCAACACACAACAAUAGGGAAUUUAAGAUCAUAGGUUUAAGCGAGAUGCGGUGCAAUCAGCAACUUUUUUCAAUGAAAGUGAGGAACGGUGAUGGCACAAAUGGGGAUGCAGAGAAUGUUGAGAUGACAGUUUAUGAGUAUUUUACCAAACAUCGUUCUAUACCAUUAACCUAUUCAGGAUUCUUGCCUUGCCUAGACGUUGGCAAGCCAAAAAGGCCAAAUUUUCUGCCAUUGGAGCUCUGUUCAUUGAUUUCACUCCAGCGAUACACAAAAUCCUUAUCAUCAAUGCAGAGAGCAUCUUUGGUUGAAAAAUCAAGACAGAAACCUCAGGAGAGAAUAAGAACUGUUACUGAUGCUAUGAGAACAUAUCGCUAUGAUGAGGAUCCACUGCUCUCUGAAUGUGGCAUCUCGAUAGAAAAGAAAUUGACAUCUGUCAAUGGCCGUAUCCUUGAUACCCCCAAGUUGAAGGUUGGUAAUAGUGAGAACUGCUUCCCAAAUAAUGGUCGUUGGAACUUCAACAAUAAGUUGCUUCUGAAAGCAACGAGCAUUAAGCGGUGGGCUGUUGUCAACUUUAGUGCUCAAUGUGAUACUAGCCGCCUGUCCCGUGACCUGAUCAACUGUGGAAGGAAAAAGGGCAUUGAUAUUGAGGGUCCCAAGAGUUUAAUCGACGAAUAUCCUCAGCUAAGAAGAAGCAGUCCUCUUGCUAGAGUGGAAAGUAUGUUUGAGCAAGUUAGAGACAAGCUGCCUGGUCCGCCUGAAUUCAUCCUGUGUCUCUUGCCACAAAGAAAAAAUUCUGAUAUUUAUGGGCCGUGGAAGAAGAAAUGUCUAAGUGAUUUUGGAAUUGUUACACAGUGCAUUUCUCCACCACGUGUUAUUAAGGAUCAAUAUCUUACCAAUGUACUUCUGAAGAUCAAUUCAAAGCUUGGAGGGAUAAAUUCUAUGCUGGAAGUUGAACUUACUCGAUCCAUUCCCUUUAUAACUCAAACACCAACAAUGAUUUUGGGGAUGGAUGUAUCCCAUGGUUCUCCUGGUCGGUCGGAUGUUCCAUCUGUUGCUGCGGUUGUUGGAUCCCUCGAAUGGCCUUAUAUCACGAAGUAUAGAGCAUCCGUGAGAACUCAGUCUCCUAAGUUGGAGAUGAUAGAUGCUCUCUACAAGCCUACAGCCAAUAACACAGAUGAUGGCAUCAUGAGGGAAUUGUUCAUUGAAUUCUAUAAGACAAGUGGUGCCAAACCUAAACAAAUUGUUAUUUUCAGAGAUGGGGUGAGCGAGUCACAAUUUAAUCAGGUGUUAAAUAUUGAGCUGCCCCAGAUUAUCAAGGCCUACCAACAUCUGGGCGAGACUGAUGUGCCAAAGUUCACAGUGAUUAUUGCACAGAAGAAUCAUCACACUAAGUUAUUCAAGGCUGAAGGCACUGACAAUGUUCCUCCUGGGACGGUUGUGGACACAACCGUUGUACAUCCCAGAAACUAUGACUUCUACAUGUGUGCUCACAAUGGCGCCAUCGUAAGCCCCCCUAAUUUGCUCGUGAAGCCUUUUGCCUGUUCAUUCCUCGAGAGGUUUUAAAGAACCUGUACAUGCGUGUGUUCCAGGGUACCUCAAGGCCAGCACACUAUCACGUCUUGGUUGAUGAGAUAGGAUUCUCUCCUGAUGUUCUACAGAACCUCAUCCACUCUCUCUCCUAUGUCUACCAGAGGAGUACAACAGCAAUCUCGAUCGUGGCUCCCGUUUGCUAUGCCCAUCUGGCAGCCGCACAGAUGGGACAGUUCAUGAAGUUCGACGACAUGUCGGAGAAUUCUUCUGAAGUCAUGACAUCUGCAGGAGUUGCUGCAGUUCCGGAGCUCCCUAGGUUGCACAAAAACGUCGAGGCUUCGAUGUUCUUCUGCUGAAGAUGCUCUCUCCCGCCCACCAACCAACAUCUUCCCGUACAUAUCGGCUCCUCUUCUGUAGAGAUUCUUGGCGGAGUACAGAAUGCCAAGCUUAUUUGACCUAUAGGCGACUCUUUUAGCUAGUGCACAGCUCGAUUGCUAUUUGCUGCUACUACUACUACUGAAAACCUCUGGCGGUUCUAUAUUUUGACGGAAACAUAUUUCUCAGUCACCGCUUUCAUGAAGCGCGGUGAGAAGUUUUGUAAUGAAUGGUUUAUUAUGAUGGGGCGGAUUAAUAUUAUGGGCU